UAGGGCGGAGGUCUCCCUGUCGGGUUCUGGGCUCGGAGAGGAAAAGUUCCCUCGGAUCGAUCAGCGGAGAGUUGAACCCGUUCCCUGCUCGUGUUCCCGUGCUGCGCAUCAUGUCCGGCGUGGCCUCCACUCUGGCCAAGAGGCGCGCUGUGGCCGCGGGCUUCGGCACCAACGCCAACGCGUCGCGGUACCUGAACCAGGACUUCGCAACACUGCGCGCGCAGUGCCGCUCGGCCGGUCAACUCUUCUGUGACGUCACGUUCCCGGCAGAACCCGAAGCGCUGGGCUUCAAAGAGCUGGGCCGCGGCUCCUCCAAGGUCCGCGGAGUCACCUGGAAGAGGCCCACGGAACUGGUGUCAAAUCCUGAGUUCAUCUUGGGAGGAGCAACUAGAACCGAUAUCUGCCAGGGAGCUCUAGGGGACUGCUGGCUGUUGGCGGCUAUUGCCUCGCUCACGCUGAACGAGUAUGUGAUGGCCAGAGUCGUCCCCACCGACCAGGGCUUCGGAGACAACUACGCUGGCAUCUUUCACUUCCAGUUCUGGCAGUUCGGGGAGUGGGUGGACGUUGUCAUUGACGACCGUCUGCCGGUGAAAGAUGGAGAGCUGAUGUUUGUCCACUCGGCGGAAGGGAGGGAGUUCUGGAGCGCCCUGCUGGAGAAGGCCUACGCCAAAGUCAACGGCUGCUACGAGGCCCUCUCUGGGGGGUCCACCACCGAGGGCUUCGAGGACUUCACCGGAGGCAUCGCCGAGAACUUCGACCUCCAGCGCCCCCCCCCGAACCUCUUCUACAUCAUCAAGAAGGCGUUGGAGGCCGGAGCGCUGUUGGGCUGCUCCAUUGAUAUCACUAGCGCCGCCGACUCGGAGGCUGUGACCCGUCAGAAGCUGGUGAAAGGUCACGCCUACUCGUUGACUGGCGCUGUGGAGGUGAACUACCGCGGCCAGCAGGAGAAGCUGGUGAGGGUCAGGAACCCCUGGGGUCAGGUGGAGUGGACUGGAGCCUGGAGCGACGGAUCGUCUGAGUGGAGCUAUGUACAGGGAGACUGUCCCCACGCCAAGGCCGAGGACGGAGAGUUCUGGAUGUCCUUCAGCGACUUCUCGCGUAACUACAACCGCGUGGAGGUGUGCACCCUGACACCCGACGCCAUCGAUGACGACUCCGUCAAACAUUGGAGCGUCAGCAAGUUCGACGGCACCUGGAGGAGAGGCUCCACGGCCGGGGGCUGCAGGAACCACCCGUACACCUUCUGGAUGAACCCCCAGUUUGUGGUCCGUCUGGAGGAGGAGGACGACAACCCCGAUGACGGGGAGGUGGGCUGUAGCUUUGUUAUCGGCCUGAUCCAAAAGAACCGCAGAAAGCUACGUAAGCAGGGCGAGGACAUGCACACCGUGGGCUUUGCCAUCUAUGAGGUUCCAAAGGAGUUCUACGGACAGAGGGAGGUGCACCUGGACAAGAACUUCUUCCUGACUCACGCUCAGACGGCCAAGUCGGAGACGUUCAUCAACCUCCGCGAGGUGAGCACGCGCUUCAAGCUUCCGCCAGGGGAGUACCUGGUGGUCCCGUCCACCUUCGAACCGCACCUCAACGGAGACUUCUGCAUCCGGGUGUUCUCCGAGAAGCAGACCGAGACCCUACCUUGUGACGACCCCGUAAGCGCCAAGCUAGAAGACGAGACCGUGUCAGAUGAAGGGGUUGAUGCAGGAUUCAGAGGCCUCUUCACCAAACUUGCCGGAGACGACAUGGAGAUCUCCGCGGUGGAGCUGAAGACCAUCAUGAACAAGAUCGUUUCCAAACGAACCGACAUAAAGACAGACGGCUUCAGUAUGGAGACCUGCAGGAUCAUGGUGAACCUGAUGGACGACAGCGGGAACGGAAGGCUCGGCCUCGGAGAGUUUGCCACUCUGUGGAAGAAGGUGCAGAGAUACCUGACCAUUUACAAGAAAAGCGACAUGGAUAACUCCGGGACGAUGAGCACUCCAGAGAUGAGAGUGGCCUUCAAAGACGCAGGUUUCACUCUCAACAACACCAUCUACCAGCUGCUGGUGGCUCGAUACUCUGAAUCUGACAUGACCAUCGACUUCGACAACUUCGUUGGCUGUCUGAUGAGGCUGGAGAUGAUGUUCAAGAUCUACAAGCGGCUCGACCCUCACGACAGUGGCUCCAUCGAGCUGGACUUCAACACGUGGAUAACCUUCGCCAUGAUCUGAGGCUGAGUUUCAGUGGUCAACACGCCAUAACCCUCUUCCUGUUACUCGUAAAGUUUAAUACUCUCUCCCUGAUGGAAUCUGUCCAAUAAAGUUUCCCACAUCGUU